AUGGUUGAUAAUUUUAAGCUUAACUCGUUGACUGGCCUAAUGUUGACUAAAGCUCUGCUACCCGUGCUUAAGGUAGCGGCACUUCAACGCAAAACACUGGUGGUAAACAUGACGUCCCGAUUGGGCUCUAUUACGAUGACAGGACAGGGAGGAGCGGGCAGUAUAUACCCCACCCGUACGAGUAGGGCUGCCCUAAACAUGAUCACAAAGUGCCUGUCCAUAGACCUCAAACCGUACAGUAUUUUUGUGAUUGGCUGUAAUCCGGGUCACGUGAGAACCGCUGGCGGCGGACCCACAGCCCCGCUGGACGUGAAGACUAGUGUGGCCGGUAUUAUCAAGGUGAUUCAAUCGGUAGAUGGCCAGGUGCUAGGUCAAACAAUUAGUUACGAUGGUACAGUUGUGCCAAAUUAA